UGGAGGACGCUUGUUGCUUGUCUCGUUGAGUCACAACGGGAGGGUGGAGAUGUGUUUUGUUUAUGUUUUGUAGGUAGGGAAAGACUAGGUGGAUAAUCACUCGAAGGAUCGAAUUGACGAGAUAUUCCACUAACAAAAAUGCACAAGUUAUACAUAUUUUACGCCGUUUUGGCUACAGUAUUCUCUGUUGGUAGUGGAGGUUGGAAUCCUUUCAAGCUCUAUUGUUAUCGUUGUGUUUCUACUCACCCAGGGUGUGGGGACAAAUUUAAUUGGUUAUGGUACUGGGGUGAAAUUUGCCCAGAACCUAAUGAUGUGUGUGUAAAGCUAAUAGAAAGAAAAGGAGUCGAGACUGUAAUCACAAGAGAUUGUCUUAGCUCACUGCGAAGUUUUCGAACUGACAUUCCUGCUGAUCAUUAUGAAGGGUGCCGUCCAGCUACAGUGGAUGUCCGCUUGGCAAAUUAUGUCAACAACUCCAUAAAAGAACUUGAUGUCAAACGGAACUAUUAUGAUGAGACAACUUGGUGCUUCUGUUACUUUGACAACAGAUGCAAUGGGGCCCCAGCAGCUACAUCUUCGUGCACUACAAUCCUGUUUCUCAGCGCUUUCAUCUUUUGGCUGCUUCACUGACACAAUAAAUUCUAAUGCUUUUCUGAAAGCAUCUUUUAUACAUUUUUUAUUGUACAUGCUCCUAUACCUAAGAGUAUUAUGUAUCUGGCAUUGUUCUGCAUUGUGUGAAGAAAUGAAUAUCAGAUAUUCAAGAAAAGACAUAAUUUUUAGAAAUAUAACAAACCAUUCUGUAUUGCUUUUAGAACUAAGAUAACGCCCUAAGUAUUCUUAGUGGCUAAUGUUAAGAUAUUGUGAAAUAUGGUAUUAAAGAAUCUCAGAAUUUGCAAUGUGUACCUUCCACAUGGAGAAGUGAAAUAAAAUAUUAAAGUAUAUUGCAACAUUACUGCAAAACAUAACAUUCUGAAGUAAACAUGUAAAAGAAUUACAUGCGAUUGUUGAAGGUGUAGUCUUUGUUGCAUCAGUGCAUAUUGUGCCUGAAAAUGAAUGCUCAGGAGACCAGUAUGAAUGGUUAAGGUAUUUGUAAGAAAAGUGGUACAUCAUAAAUGUUUAUUACAGUUAGAUAAUGAAUAAUGUACAUUAUUAUUAAUAUUGCGUAUGUAUCCGUCCAUUUUUAAUUCUGUAUAAUACAAAUCAGGUCGUAUUUAUUGUCCUUUUAUAAGAUGAUGAUGUACAUGUAUGGAUGUAUGGGCAGUGUUUUGUACUCUAUAAAAAAUUGCAAAAAAUAAAGGUAAGAGUUGAUAUACUGUCAUGAAACAGAGGCAGAUUUAGUAUAUUGUCAUAGUGCACUGCAGCCUGCAUAGGUAGUGUAACUGAAUUUGCAUCACAUAUUUGCACAGUUUGAAAGGAAAAAGGGUUCUCUAUCUUAGAAUAGAGAUAAAUUUAGUGAACAGAAGGGAUCACAUUCAACUGACAAUAAUGUUAGCAGUGUUAUUGAGAAGAAAAUACAAGUUAUUUAGCUUCUAAAAUAGUUCAGUCCUCCAAGACAGGCAAAAUUAUAAGAGGGAGUGUAGCCAGUUUUUAAAAGUUUAGAGUAGAGUAGAAUUAAAUUUACAUCAGUUCUUUCUCAGUAAAUAAGUGUCCUCCUUGAUGUGGAAUAUCAGUUUGCAAGUUUGUGGUCUCUUUUGUGUUUUUCUGCUAAAGAUCAGAGUUAUCAGUAUUGUUUAUUGUGGAACAUGUUUCCAUGUUUUAUUUAUAAAUUUUGUUGAAAUCAAACAGAGUUGUAAAAUUAUGAUGUGCAUAUACAUGUAAAAAAUUGAAUUUAUUUGAAUUUUAAGGACUUUGUUCUUAAUCGCCAUAUUUUGAUUCUAUACAAAAGUUAUCAUUUUUAUUGUUACAAAGAUUUUAGUGUUUUUCAUCAUAUUGUAAAAAUAUUACUACCAUUUUUACAGAGACAUGGUUUUUUAUGAACAAUGGAUUUGAUAUCAGCUUUUGAUACUCCCUUUGACCAUAUAGUUGAAACUGUGAAACAUUGUUUGCAAAGUUGACAUUUUAGUGUAAUGGCCUCCAGCAAUUGAAGUCAAAUCAAGUUGUUGCUGUGUACAUUCAGAAAAAUAGUGCAAUGAAGGGAACAAUUGCAGGCAUUGUUAAUGUUAAACUACACUUUGAAAAUGUAUGACUUUGCAUUUAGAUCCCUACUUUAUACUUGUCUCCGUCCAUUAUAUAUAAAUACAAAUUUUAUGAACUGACUACUUGCAUACUUCUAUAUUUUGUUAUCAUUACAUUGUAUGUAAUCCUCCAGGUAGCAAACUUUUUGUGUUAUUAAAGGUUGUUACUUGCCUAUUACAAAAUUUGUAGAGUGCUGUAGUGAUUAAUAUACAGAUAACAUGUUAGAAAGUAACUGUUGAAAUUACUACGUGAAUGAACUGAUAAUUUAUUUGUAUUGUCAUUUUUGAAAUUUGUAUGACCAUGCAGUUGUCUUAAAUUUUACUUACAGAAUUGAUUAUUUAGUUUUGUAUUUUUCUGGCUGUGAAAAUCACCACUCACAAACCAGUUACUGGAACAGUCAUCACAAAUUCUCAUAGUAGGCUACCACUAAAUUAUUUUUGAGAAAAGCUUAUUUAUUAGAACUAUCUUCGAUUUUACGUGCUGUCUUUUUUUAUUUUUUUGCUAUUGCCCUUCAACUCAUGAUGUUAUCUUCCAUUUCUUCCUCUCAAGUAUUAAUCAUUGCAUGCCUUUUACAUAUAGUGCCACCAGUAGCCUUUGUUACAUACAAAAAUCCUUUUUGGCUUUUGCUCUUUGACCUUUGAAAUAUUCUGACCAUCAAAACUGACUGCAAUGCACACACAGUUUUAGGUCCAUUUUAAAGUCUACUGUGAAGAACUGAAGGAGAAAGCUUCACACCACAUGCAAACUUCCAUUGGAAGUUGUGUGAAGAAAUAACUUCAGCCCAUGCAGUGUAGUUGUGAGAUAAAAGGGUACCUUAUUACAAAGGUGAAAGUGACAAAAAGGCACUCAUUUGACAACACAAACAGUUGCAAUACAGAGUAACUAAACACAUGAUUGAUUAGUGGUUACUACUGCUCUACAGAAUUGUAGUAAAGAUUAGGUGCCCAAGAGUCUUCCAUCAAUUGAAACCUAGAGAGUGAAUGCAUCAAGAAAAAGGGCAUGUAAUGCAGUUGUGAAAGCCUCCCUUAUACUAAUGGUAUAUUGUUUCUUUUCUCUCUUAUCUUUUCUGUCUAAUAGUUCCUCCUUCUGUGUAUUGUCAAAGCACAUAACUUUUAACACCUGCACAUUGUGCCACUUUUGAAUAAAUGAACAGUUUAGAAACUCCUAAUUGAAAUGCUGUUUGAUAAGUUUCCUUUCCAAGAGGUUGGUUUUUUUCCCUGCACACAACCCCUUAUUUCAGCCAUCUGCUGUAAAUUUGUUUUUUCAUUGCAGAAUCCGUGGACUACUAGGGAUCACCUUGGCUCCUGUUCCUUGUAUUUAUUUGUUUAUUAUUAUUUUUAUUACAUUUACCACAUUACAUUAUUAUCUAUUGAAAAAAAAAAUCUGCUGAAGUAAAAUAUUUGCACCAUGUCAACAAAACAGUUUUUAAUUAUACUUAAAAGUGUGAAGUAAAAAGAAGUCAUCAUUACGUAAGGUGACAGGCUAACAAACUGAAGCAGCUGUCAAAUUUUGAACUAUCAAAUUACAUAUUUUGUAAUCACAUCCAUCACAGAAGUCAGUCUCACAAUAGACAGGUAUGGAGAAAUAUAUUCUUGGUGACUAGUAACUUGUUUUUCACAGCCAGAUUAUUUGUGUUUACAGAUUACUCAGGUAUAUGUAGAAAUACCUUUUGUAGUAUUUUUUUUAUUAUUUUUACAAGAUAUGUACCUGGUGAUUAGGCAAAUGUAUGUUCUGCUUGUGGAAUGAAGUGCCUUAUCUGGAACACUGUCCAUAAAAAUUAACUUUUGGUCCACAUUUUGGGCAUUUUGCGAAUAAUAAAACUUAUGUUUUCAACA